AUGCUGCGCCCCGACCCGCUGCAGUCGGGGCGCCAGGGUCGUUCGAAGCCACGGACACGUCCAGGGCAGGAGAGGAGGUGGCCUUGCUGGGGCGGCCGGCGGAGGCUGUCGCAGGCGCUUGGACCUAUCGCGCCGCGAGUGGGGUGUGGGUGGCGGGGGCGACGGUCGCUUCGGUCUCGUGGGUCGUCCUGGACCUGGACUCCCCAGCUGUCAGGGGAAGGGGAGGCCGCUUGCCCUGGGCGGUUCUCUCCCCUCCCCGCGCGACAUGGUGGCCGCUCCUGGGCUUGCGCGACCGUCACCUUUUCUGUCCCUCUCCUCUCCCAGGUUGGCACCAACGGUAUCAUCUCCACCCAGGACUUCCCGAGGGAAACUCAGUACGUGGACGAUGAUUUCCCCACAGACUUCCCGGCCAUCGCCCCUUUCCUGGCCGACAUCGACACGAGCCGCGGCAGGGGCCGGGUCCUGUACCGCGAGGACAAGUCCCCAGCCGUGCUGGACCUGGCCGCCCGCUAUGUGCGCGCCGGCUUCCCGCGCUCGGCCGCGCGCUUCACGCCCACCCACGCCUUCCUGGCCACCUGGGAGCAGGUGGGCGCCUACGAGGAGGUCAGGCGUGGGGCGCUGCCCUCGGGGGAGCUGAACACUUUCCAGGCAGUUUUGGCAUCUGAUGGAUCUGAUACUUAUGCCCUCUUUCUUUAUCCUGCCAAUGGCCUUCAGUUCUUUGGAACCCGCCCCAAAGAGUCUUACAAUGUCCAGCUCCAGCUUCCUGCUAGGGUGGGCUUCUGCCGAGGGGAGGUCGGUGACCUGAAGAGAGAAGGACCAUAUUUCAGCUUGACGAGAACUGAACAGUCUGUGAAAAAUCUCUACCAACUAAGCAACCUGGGGGUCCCUGGAGUGUGGGCUUUUCAUAUUGGCAGCACUGACCCAUUGGACAAUGUCAGGCCAGCAGCCGUUGGAGGCCUUUCCACUGCCCACGCUUCGGCCCCCCUGGAACAUUCUUUCAGCCAUGCUGCAGCCCUGGAAAGCGACUAUACUGAGGACAAUUUGGAUUACUAUGAUGAGAAUGAGGAGGAAGUUGAAUACCCCCCGAGUAAACCAGAGGAGGCAUCGAAAGGCCAUGGCAGUAUUGAUGUUUCCUUCCAUUCAAAAGCUGACACAGGGCCUGCAGGAGAAUCUGCCACUUUGGACCCUCACACCAAAGAGAAGGCAUCGCCAGGAGAGGCAGAGGCUCCAGAUACAAAACAAGUUGUCCCUUCGGCCCGGACAGGGACCAGAAGCCCAGCUCUAUCGGAGGUAGAUGGAGAUUCCCUGGCUCCUUCCCGGGAAUCCCUGCCCGCCUACCCUGAAAACAAAAGCAUCCAGCCUGACCCAGAUGGAGGGGCAGUGCCUUCAGAAACCAAUGUUCCUCCAGCCCAUCCUGAAGAAGAAGCCGUUCUUCCAAACUACCCUGUGCCGAGUCAUAUUACCCCUGUGAAUCGAGGGAGGUAUGAGGUGGGAGUGGAAGAUGACAUCGGUGCCAACACUGAGGUCUUCUCGUAUAAUGCUGCCAGCAAGGAAACCUGUGAACACCACCAUGGCCAGUGCUCCCGGCAUGCCUUCUGCACGGAUUACACCACCGGCUUUUGCUGCCACUGCCAGUCCAGGUUUUAUGGAAAUGGGAGGCACUGUUUGCCUGAAGGGGCGCCUCAUCGAGUCAAUGGGAAAGUGAGCGGCCACCUUCGUGUGGGCCACACGUCCGUGCACUUCACCGACAUGGACCUGCAUGCUUACAUCGUGGGCAAUGAUGGCAGGGCCUACACAGCCAUCAGCCACAUCCCGCAGCCAGCGGCCCAGGCCCUUCUCCCCCUCACACCAAUCGGAGGCCUAUUUGGCUGGCUCUUUGCUUUAGAAAAACCCGGUGCUGAGAAUGGCUUCAGCCUCACAGGUGCUAACUUUAUCCAUUCCAUGGAAGUAACUUUCUACCCAGGGGAGGAGAGGGUUCAGAUCACUCAAACUGCCGAGGGACUUGAUCCGGAAAAUUAUUUGAGCAUUAAGACCAAUAUUCAAGGCCAGGUGCCUUACAUCCCAGCAAAUUUCACAGCUCACAUUACUCCCUACAAGGAGCUCUACCAUUACUCUGACUCAGCUGUGACCUCCACAAGUUCCAGAGAUUACUCUCUCACUUUUGGUGCAACCAAUCAAACAUGGUCCUACCGUGUCCAGCAGAACAUCACUUACCAGGUGUGCAGGCAUGCCCCCAGACGCCCAGCCAUCCCCACCACCCAGCUGCUGAAUGUGGACCGGGUAUUUGCCUUAUACAGUGAUGAAGAAAGAGUGCUUAGGUUUGCUCUGACCAAUCAAAUUGGUCCUGUUGAAGGAGACUCGGAUCUCACUCUGGUGAAUCCUUGCUAUGACAGGAGCCACACAUGCGACACAACAGCCCGGUGCCAUCCAGGGACAGGUAUGGAUUACACCUGUGAGUGUGCACCUGGAUACCAAGGAGAUGGACGGAACUGUGUGGAUGUCAAUGAAUGUGCAACUGGCUUCCAUUACUGUGGCCCCAACUCUGUGUGUAUCAACUUGCCUGGAAGCUAUAGGUGUGAGUGCCGAGGCGGUUAUGAGUUUGCAGAUGACCGACACACUUGUGUCUUGAUUGCCCCACCGUCCAACCCCUGCGAGGAUGGCAGUCAUACCUGUGCUCCUGCUGGGCAGGCCCGGUGUGUGCACCAUGGAGGCAGUGCGUUCAGCUGUGCUUGCCUGCCUGGUUACACUGGCAACGGCCACCAGUGUUCUGAUGUUGAUGAAUGCUCGGAAAACAGAUGUCACCCUGCAGCUGCCUGCUACAACACCCCUGGUUCCUUCUCCUGCCAUUGUCAACCUGGAUACCGGGGAGACGGAUUGCAGUGCACACCUGACUCCUCCUCAGGCCACACACCCUGUGAACACCAGCAGCGCCAUGCCCAGGCACAGCAGCCCUACCCUGGGCUCCACAUCCCUCAGUGCGAUGAGCAGGGCAACUUCCUGCCCCUGCAGUGUCAUGGCAGCACUGGCUUCUGCUGGUGCGUGGACCAUGAUGGUCAUGAAGUCCCUGGUACCCGGACUCCGCCCGGAUCCACCCCGCCUCACUGUAGACCACCACCAGAGCCCACUCAGCGGCCCCAGACCGUCUGUGAACGCUGGAGGGAAAGCCUGCUGGAACACUAUGGCGGCACACCCCGGGACGACCAGUACGUGCCCCAGUGUGAUGACCUGGGCCACUUCAUCCCCCUGCAGUGCCAUGGGAAGAGUGACUUCUGCUGGUGUGUGGACAGAGAUGGCAGAGAGCUGCAGGGCACGCGCUCCCAGCAGGGCACCACCCCUGCGUGUAUACCCACAGUGGCUCCACCCACGGUCCGGCCCACACCCCGGCCUGAUGUGACCCCUCCAUCCAUGGGCACCUUCCUGCUCUAUGCCCAGGGCCAGCAGAUCGGACACUUGCCCCUCAACGGCACCAGGCUGCAGAAGGACACAGCCAAGACCUUGCUAUCCCUUCAUGGUUCCAUAGUCGUGGGAAUUGAUUAUGACUGCCGGGAGCGGAUGGUGUACUGGACAGACGUUGCUGGGCGGACGAUCAGUCGUGCCAGUCUGGAACUGGGAUCAGAGCCUGAGACAAUCGUUUCCUCAGGUCUGAUAAGCCCCGAAGGACUUGCCAUCGACUACUUCCGUCGAACGAUGUACUGGACGGACAGUGGCCUGGACAGGAUAGAGAGGGCCCGGCUGGAUGGCUCAGAGCGCAAGGUCCUCUUCCACACGGAUCUGGUGAAUCCCCGUGCCAUUGCUGUGGAUCCAAUCCGCGGCAACUUGUACUGGACUGACUGGAAUAGAGAAGCUCCUAAAAUUGAAACAUCUUCUUUAGAUGGAGAAAACAGAAGAAUUCUGAUCAACAAAGACAUUGGAUUACCCAAUGGCUUAACCUUUGACCUCUUCUCCAAACUGCUCUGCUGGGCAGAUGCAGGAACCAAAAAGCUGGAGUGCACACUGCCUGAUGGAAGUGGACGGCGUGUCAUUCAAAACAACCUCAACUACCCCUUCAGCAUUGUUAGCUAUGCAGACCACUUCUACCACACAGACUGGAGGAGGGAUGGUGUUAUCUCAGUAAAUAAAGACAGUGGCCAGUUUACUGAUGAGUACCUCCCAGAGCAGCGAUCUCAUCUCUACGGGAUAACUGCAGUCUACCCCUACUGCCCAGCAGGAAGAAAGUAAAUACAGCAAUGUAAAGGAGGACUUGGAGUUUGCAAUCAGAACCUGGACCCUAAAGCACAUUUACUGCAAACAAAGGCAAAGAAAGCGCAAAAGGAAUUGGCCAUAAGAAGUUCCUGGACACACAGAUGAACAUUCUUAGUGCAAAAAGACUAAGUAUAUUUUUGUGAAAAGUUUAUACCUCAAUUUUUACUACUGUAUUUUUAAAAAUGAAGGUGGUUGCAAAUUUUAAAAAAGGUAACAACUUUAAUUGUUGCUUAUUUAAGCAACCUUUUGUAAACAUUUAUAUCGUAUUUAAAAGGUCAAAUUAGUUCAGCUAAAAACCAGUUAGAGUUUAAGACUCUAAAUCUGAUUUUUUUUUUGCUAGGGAUUCUCUCUCCAAGAAAUUAAAGUACAUAUGAUCUAUAUAAAAAUACAAUCCUAAAGAUCACCACACAAAGCAGAACUGAUGGGAAAGGACUAAUUAUUUAUAGUUUCCCAACAAGUUCUGACUUUUUUUUUUACCUCUACAUCAGUGCAUUUCUAUUUAUAUCAGAAGGUGCUAGAAUGAUUCCAUUUGUAUUUUCUGAUCCUGUAAGUGCCUCUAUAGAAGUACCACAUUUAUAAAUACCAAAGAUACAACAGUCCUCAAAUUUUCUAGAUUACUCCAAUAAAAUAUUUUAAGUUU